AUGAUAUACCUUCGCUCUGCCUCAACAAAAUUCUCCACCUCAGCAGAACCAAGCAAAAUAACCCUUGCCGGCGCACCCGACAUAACCAACCACUACACGAUCUUCCCUCAAACGCUACCAUCAGGCCCACCACCAGGGUCCCCAUUUGCAAUUCCAACUAGCGAUCUUCGCCGCGAAUUCCUUCAAAUACAAGGUCUCGUCCACCCAGACAAAUAUCCGAACGGAGCAGAGAAGCAGCUUGCCGAGGGCCUGUCAGCACGUAUAAACGAAGCGUAUCGGACACUUCUAGAUCCUUUGCAGCGGGCACAGUAUAUUCUAAGGGAAUGGCACGGGAUCGACGUGACUGCGGAAGAUGCCUCAACUAAGCAUGCACUUGAUGCGGAGAUGCUGAUGGAGGUUAUGGAAGUGCAGGAGACUAUUGAGGAGGCUGGGGGGUCUGCUGAGGCAGAGGCGCAGAUCAAUGCACUUAAGAAAGAGAAUGAGGAGAGGAUUGUUCGGUGUGUUGGGAGACUCGGAGGGGCAUUUGAGAAGGGAGAUUUGGAAGCUGCGAGGAAAGAGUGUAUUCGUUUGCGGUUUUGGUAUAGUGUUGGGGAAGGGUUGAGGGAGUGGGAGCCUGGGAAUACGGAGAUUCGAUUGAUGCAUACUAGUUGA